AUGCCCCAGUUCGCGACCUCGUACCCCAAAUCGCGAGGAUGCUUUCGCUCUUGGCUGCAUCCGUCAUCCAGCGGCGCCGUUCCCCCCUGCCUGCCUGUGCCUGUCUGGCCUGCCUUCUGCCUCUCCACACGAGGGUGUGCUUUUCGCCGGGAGGGCUGCACUGCGUUCCCCCGCGGAGGGACGCAGUUGUUUGCCUGUAGGCCUCGUCCUAAGAAGGAGAAGGCCCAGCGCAACUACCGAAUAGCGAGGGAGCAGAAACGACGGCGAGAAGAGCGCUGCCUGCAACGCCGGCAGCAGCUGGAGAUCCUUAGGGCUCGCCAGCAACUGCUGUCCAACACCACCCUUACCGACGCACCUUCACGAGAUAGAGAAGCCUCCGCACAGACCAGCAGCACAAGUAGGAAAAGGAGCUUGUUCGACACGAACUCGCCUGCUGCGUCAUCGGCAGAACAGGGGUCUACAGCAGGAGGAGCGCCCAUCUCUGCUCUCCGUUCCCCCUUAGCAGCGCGUCUUAACUACAGAUUGGUGGGAGGCACGUGGAGACGGGCAGAGGGCCAAACAAAGUUUGUGCGUCUUUCCGGGGCGGAAUUGGCGGCUGCCGUGUUCAGCGACCUCCCUAAAGAGGAAGUAGCCGCCGCAGUUGAAAAGGCGAAGCGGCAAGACGAAGGCCAUAUGGACCUAGAGGCGUACGAUGACUCGGAAACACAACACACAACCCUAGAGGGACUUAGCUAA